GAUGAAGGUAGGAAGAAUGGUGCAAUUGUGGAUGUUGCAGGUGAUAGUUUCGAAUCUGAUAAUCCUUGAAGCUUCCGAAGCAUUGGACCCCACGCAAGGAUUCAUCCAUGUUGCUUUGGACAGCUCUAAUUUUAAGAAGUGCAUAAUAUAUGAAGCUUCCGAAGCAGCGGAUCCCACACACGGAUUCAUCCCUGUGGCUUUGGACAGCUCUAAUUUUCACGUGCAAAAGCCCUACGAUGUCCCUGUUAACCAGCGAUAUAGCUUCUCCAAUGGAGUUCACAAGUUAUGUGUCUACUCCACAGACAAGCCUCACACCACCGACAGCCCCACUCUACCUCGGACUGAGAUCCGAAUAGCAGGACAUGAUUACACAUCUGGGGUGUGGCAAUUUGAAGGGUAUGGUUACGUACCAAAUGGAACAAGUGGGGUAUGCAUCAUGCAAGUGUUCGGAGCAAGGCAUCCUCAUGCCACGACCCUUCAGCUUAGGGUUUAUGACGCUUCUCUCAUAUCUUACAUGUCCCCUGUCCUGCUUCAAAACAUGUACGACAGAUGGUUCAGACUCAACGCCAUCGUUGACGUGGCCGCCAACAAUGUUAAGGUUUACAUCGAUGGAGUCCUCAAAUACACUGGAGGUGGUCGGGGACAGGCCACUCACUACUUCAAGUUUGGGGUUUUUACACAGAAUGAUCCUUCCCAUUACAUGGAAUCUCGUUGGAAGGAUAUAAAACUUUUCAGAAAGUAGAGUUCUCUUCUGGAAUGCCUUGUUCUGAUAAUAAUAAUAAUAAUAAUAAUAUACAAUGACUCUCUUUCAAUAAAUAAUAAUAAUUUGGAUAGGCAAUAAUAUAUGACCAAUGCAACUUCUUUAUAUUGAUUUUAGUCGGCAAAUAUAUUUGACUUAUAUGUUACAAGUUUGUGUGUUUGAAUUUUGUUAUCAGAAUAAAGAUCUCUCCUCA